UUGUUCUCUUUCAAAGCAAUGGAUAGUAGUUUCCAGGCAUUGCACGCGAUAAAUAAUAGCCAAACAGAUGGGGAUGGAAAGCUUAAUUUGAGUGAAGUCGGGUUUUGGUGUUUCACAUGCGUUUCAAGUGAGGGAGAGCAAUGGUGACCAAUGGAUUAUAACGUGGAUGGUAAGUAGUUGGCACGGCGAGAUUAACGGACAGGGGGAGGGAGAAAGAGCGACGAUAGUGGGUGGUGCGCAGCGCAACAGUUCUCUCCAACACGGAGUCCACAAUUCAUCGUUUUUAACAAAAGGAAUACGUUUGGGUUUAAAUUGGGGAUUUCAAUCGGCUAAGCUGCGAUGCGAUUGGCCAGUGUGCAAGCGCGGGCCCGUCGGGCGGCUGAGGAGAGAGAAGAGCCGCCCCCAGGCCCCGCCCCUCCCUCCACCCACCACUCUGACCACCAGUUCAAGAACAUGAAGAGCAAGUUCUUCAACGAACUCACCCACAUGCCAAUGCCCAUGUGGGCAAUAGGAGCCAUAGUGGUGGUGGUGCUGGCUCUGGUGGCCUGUCUAGGUUUCUGUAUCUGGAAGAAGUGCAUCAACAAGGGCAAGAAGCCCAAGAAAGUACGCGAGAGGAAAGGAGGCCGAGGCAGAAGGAAGAAGGAGGGAGGCGGAGAAGGAGAGGAGGGCAAGGAUGGAGAGGGUAAGGAAGGAGAGGAGGAAGAAAAAGAGAAUUUUGGAAAACUGGAGUUCACCCUGGACUACAACUUCACUGACAACCAGCUGAUCGUGGGCAUCCUGCAGGCUGAGAACCUGCCAGCCAUGGACAUGGGCGGCACCUCGGACCCUUAUGUCAAGGUUUACAUGCUGCCAGACAAGAAGAAGAAGUUUGAAACCAAAGUCCAGCGCAAGAACCUCUGCCCUGUGUUCAAUGAGACCUUCAUCUUCAAGAUCCCCUACCAGGAGCUGGGCGGUCAGACUCUGGUCCUGCAGGUCUUUGACUUUGAUCGCUUUGGUAAACACGAUGUGAUUGGACAGAUCUCCAUCUCCAUGAACAGUGUGGACCUGGCUCAGCCACUCCACGAAUGGAGGGAUCUGGUUGGAGGAGAGAAAGAGGAGGUAGAGAAGCUAGGGGACAUCUGUAUCUCUCUGCGCUACGUCCCCACAGCCGGUAAAUUGACCAUCAACAUCAUGGAGGCCAAGCACCUGAAGGCGAUGGACUGUGGAGGCUUGUCAGAUCCCUUUGUUAAAGUGGUGCUGCAGCACCAAGGCAAGCGGCUAAAGAAGAAGAAGACGACAGUCAAACAGAACACUCUGAACCCCUACUUCAACGAAAGCUUCAGCUUCGAGAUCCCCUUCGGACAAAUACAGAAAGUCCAAGUGUUGAUCACGGUGUACGAUUACGACAAGCUGGGCAGCAACGACGCCAUCGGGAAGGUUUGGAUCGGCUUCGGCGCCUCUGGGGUGGGCCUCCGCCAUUGGUCAGACAUGCUGGCCAAUCCAAGACGUCCCGUGGCCCAGUGGCACGCCCUGUGUCCUGAGGAGGAAGUGGAUGAGGCCCUGAAGAAACCUAUCCGCUGAACGCACACCCAGCCACUGAACAUUCCUGUACAUGUUAAAACAAACAACAUAAGACCUGAAAACUAAACAACAGUGGAUAAGCUCCACCCGAAGACCACAAUAGUGCUGAUCAUGACACAACACACUUCUCACGUAGAAACUCCAAGGAAACAAAAUGUAACUACCGCCCAAACACUACAAUCCACCUGUACAUCGCUGCAGUGCUGGAAUGACAUUUCUGAUACGUUUUUUGAGUACUCUCUCCUUCCUUAUUAUUCUCCAUAGAAAAUCUUUUUUGGCCUAUUAACUAAUUGUACUGUAUGUUUUUACUAUUGUGUCCAUUUUGAUGUUAAGUUAUGAGUAUGGCUGACUGUUUUCUGCUUUUUUUUGUGUUAAACCGUAGUACAUGAAAGCUUUCUCUGUUUUACCUCCUGAAUGUAAUGUGAGUGGUUGUAAAUAGCUAAAUAAAUAUUUCAAAAAAUUA